AUGGAGCUGAGUUGGAUCAUCCUGGACUGCAUAUCUGGCUUUGAGAACCACAUCAAUUCUGCUGGCAUGGUCACUGUCAACACUUUCAAAAAAGCCUUCAAUCACUACCAGCAAGGGCUGAAGCCACUCUACAGCAAACAUCUUAUCCACCAGCUGAACCAGAUGAUGCCAGAGGGUCAGGAUUUUGUGUCCCUCAACAACCUCAAUUCUAAAGCCUUCCAGAGCAUGACACCAGACGACAUGAAGGCUGCCCUGCGCCACUACAAGCUCUUCUACAACAAGGCCCCAGCCAAAAGUAUGCCUUCAUUUCCCUUUGCUGCUUACUGA